UUCUCAAGGCAAACACUAGCCGGACAGCUAGGCUAGCAAAUCUGCCAGAUAAUCUUAUAGCUAUGAUAUAAGCCUCGUUUGGCCUCUUUAUCGACUUGAACUAUAAGUACAAAACAGUUUACUAGAGCCCUCGACUCCUGCAUUUUACUAUUAGCUUCUAGUUUGUUCGCUGCGAGGCCUAAAUUAGAGGCUGAAACACCCAUUUUUCCUCUGGAUCUUCAGUGUACAAGCUAGCUAACUUAGAGACGUUAACGCUAGCUGUACAGCCACCAUGGCUGAAUUUGGGUUUAAUGAACACCAUCAGAAUGAAGUCAUCAAUUACAUGCGGUUUGCACGUUCAAAGAGGGUCCUGAGACUAAAGACUAUUGACUCAUGCUUUGAAGAGCUCAAAGAUAGCAGGCUGGUGGAGGAAACCUUCACAGUGGACGAGGUGAAAGAAAUGCUGGAUGGGCUGCAGGCGGUGGUGCGUGGGGAGGUGGAGAUGGAGCUCAUUAACACAGCCCACACUAAUGUGCUGCUGCUCAGGCAGCUCUUCUCGCAGGCUGAGAAGUUUUACCUUCGACUGCAGAGUGAUAUCUCAGAGCUGGAGAACAGGGAGCUGUUGGAACAAGUGGCUGAAUUUGAGAAGACUGACUUUAAAAGCACUGAUAAGAUAAACCAGGAAACAAGCAAACCCAAGCUAGCACCACUGAAUGAAGGCGGGGUGUCUGAACUUCUUAACAAGGAGAUCGCGAGACUACAGGAGGAAAACGAUAAACUCAAAGCCAGGCUGCGCACUUUAGAAUCUCAGGCAAUGAGUGCUCUGGAUGAGAGAAGCAAAGCAGAGAGAGCUCUGAAAGACCUUCAGAAGGUGCAAGGUGAACAGCAGCUUGCUGCCAAAUCACAGGAGAUCAGCAGUCUCGAGGACACAGUGGCAGCGCUGAGGGAGGACUAUGAAAGGUCUCUCAGUGCCAACACGGCCUCCAAGAAGGAUCUGCAGGAGAACCUGAUCUCCGCCAAACAUGAGCUCCUGCGAGUGCAGGAGCAGCUGUCCUUGGCAGAGAAGGAGUUGGACAAGAAGUUCCAGCAAACUGCGGCCUAUCGCAACAUGAAGGAGAUCUUGACCAAGAAAAAUGAGCAGAUCAAAGAAAUCAGGAAACGAUUGCAGAGAUAUGAGCCCAAUGAAUGAGUUGCGCCCGAGACAGCUGAUUAAACAGGUGUCCAGAGGGUGAGACAGGACCAAAAUUUACGACUGUGGUUUGGACAAGUAACCACCAGUUCCACUGCUGUAAGACAUAAGAGACAGAGAAGAGCACUUCCACGAGGAGUUGCUUAUUCAUGCUUUAUCUGGUAUCUUCAGUAGUUAUUGGCUUUAGUAAAGAGUGUGUGUGGGGGGGGGGGGGGGGGUCGCACGUACACGCAACUGAUCACACUAAUGAAGUAGUGACGAACGAUAGCCUUCUUCAGCUGUGCUUCUUUUCUACGUCUCGGUUACAGUAGCUCGCAGACUUCCCUCAGUGCUCUAUGCAACUCCGAUCACGUCCCUGUUUGAAGAGGCCUUGUCCGUCUGCUGAAUUGGACAGAUCAGCACUGUCUGCCUGAAGCGUUGCAGUCCUAUCUAUCAGAUGGUUAUAGGUGAUAUUUAGCUUUCUUGAUAAUUGAUUAGAGAUAUUUUUGCUGAUCAGUCCUAAUUUUAGCAGCCCUCUUUUUUUAAAGUCCAAACAUUUUUUAGUUAGGCCGAAGCUUCAGAGUAAUAUUUCCUGACCUUCUGGGGUCAACCCUGCUUUAAUUUAAGACUAAACUGCAUUUUACAUUAAUAUAUUUCCAAUGAUCUGACAUUCUGUGAAAGUCUCAUCAUCGAAAAUAUACCAAAAAGUUUUUGCAUUUGUUUUUUUCUGCUUUUGUGUAUUGAAUGACGCGGAUAGUGACCUAGAAUGAUUUCCCGACUUCCCUAAACGAAGGGCAUAGAAUAUUUUUGUCUGGAAUCGGUGUACUUUUGGUAUUGCUGUGGGUGAUGGAGUGUAAGAUUUAAAACAACUGAAUAUACUAUACAUGAUGUUCAUGAAGCAAUGCUCUUGUAGAGUAUGAUACAUCUACCCUAAAUUACACUAGAUGUGCAUUUGUUUGUAUUGUGCAAAG